AUGAACCUCUCCAAUCCUUCUUGGAGUGGUGGUGGAACUAUGAACAGUGCAACCUCCACAACCACCACCUCCAUGAUUCUUCUUGUCAAUUCCACUCAAUUUCUACUCUCUUCCAAUUCCAUUCAAGAUUUAACCAUUUCCUUUGUGUCACUCUUUUUAUGUCUCUUUUUGAUUGGUAUUUCAAUGAUUUUCAUGAUUCAUUAUUUGUGUGUCUGUUCAGUAUAUACAUUUCGAGAAUAUUCUAAUAUGAGAAAAUUAAAGAAACAAGGAAAUGCUUCUCGAUCCUAUUAUGAGAGUUUAAUACCUUACAAUGGAAGUGUCAAAUUCUUUGAAACUUCACAACCCAUUCUAUUUAUAGUAUCUUCUUUUUCAAUACUUGUGUGGACCAUUGGUACUUUAUUGUAUUAUAAUUUAAUAAGAAUGCAUUGGUAUGGACCAGAAGAUGCAACGAAUCAAGUAGGAUCAUUUACUACUCGAAGAAUUUAUUGCAUUUUCACAUACAUUUGGUUUCACUAUCUUUGGGGAUCAAAUUUGUGGGGAAUUGUCUUAUUGGCUCGAUUAUUUUCUCUUUUUGUGUAUAAUGUGAGAUUUGAUUUGAAAUCAAGAAAAAAUUCAAAUGCUAAAAAACAAUACUAUUCACUGGUGAUGAUUCUAUUGAUUGGAAGUGUGACAAUGUGUAUUGGAGUGGUACAUUCUAUAUUUAUGAAAUUUAAUACUCAACCGAAUUAUAGUUAUAAUACUAGUAGUAGUGUUAGUAAUAAUAGCAGUAGUCGUAAUAAUAAUGAUACUAUUAAUAAUAGUAGUAAUAAUAAUAUUAAUAGUGGUAGUAUUGGUUAUGAAGAUUUAUUGAAUUCACCUAUCGUGUGCAAUCGAUUAAAUUCCAUUCCAAGUAGUGAUUCCUCAAUUUCACAAUACGAUCCAAAUACGAUUGCAUUAGUGUUUUUACAAUAUUUAAUAUUAGGUGGAAUUGCACUGUUAUGGAUAUUGAACUGUUGUGUUUAUUUUAAACAAUGUUUAUGUUGUGCAUGGAAGAAUGAAUUUCCUAAUAUUCUUUUUAAGAGAUUAGAAUUUUAUAUCUAUCUCAUCACUUUUCUAUUCUAUUUUUUGGAUGUGACACAAUUCAAUGUGGUAUCAUUUUUAUAUGGUUUUGAUCAAGUCUCUAUUGAAGACAUUCCAUUAGGUAUUCGAUAUAGUAAUGUGUUGGCAAUUCCAAUUUUAGAAAUAAUCCUCUUCUUUGGAGUGAAUGCCCAUGUAUUGUUUCGAUUUUAUUGUAUAUGCUGUUGUGGAAAUAAGGAAUAUAUUCGAUCUUACAAGACUUAUGAAGACAAACAAUUGUCAUGCAAUAUUGUUCUCGAUACAACGAGAUCUAGGAACACAUCCAAAUUAUUAUUCACUGGAACCACAGUCUCUUCCAACUCUCACAUGACUCUUAAUGAUUCUUCAACAAAUAGUUGUGGAGCUUGCACUGCACGACACAUGACACAUGUCAUGACCGAAUUGGAUGAAUAUUUCAAGAGACCCACCAAUAUGAAGACCACUCUCUCUUCCAUUGCAACUCACAAUGUUUCACCACCACCAGUAGCACUCACCACCACCACCACUACUGUUUCGAGUAGAGAAGGUACCAAUGUCAUGUAUAGUCCAAUGAAUAGCACUAGUCGUACUAAUAGCAGUCAUUCAUUGCAUUCCACACAACCUAUUCUCACCACACAUUACAUUCCAUCCAGAAACAUUUAUGUCUCAAGUCCUAAAAACAAUAGAAAUUCGUUGAAAUCAGAGCCUUUACCCUAUCAUGGUUUAGAAAAUUCAGGAAAGACAAGUAGUAUGAAAAGUAAUCGAUCAAGUAUUCGUUCGAGUUCAUCCAAAAAAUCAUCUGAUUCUCGAGUGCAUUUCUUAGAAUAG